AUGAGGGUCCACCUUCGCAUUCGUGAACAGCUAUGUCUGGUCAUCGGCCUCACGAGUCUGUUGUCACUGACCAUACUGACCGUGUCGAUCUGGGUUCAGAUUGUGGAUCGUCUCAACAACGCAAAAUGGGAAACUCUCUCGGUCACGGCGAACUUGAAGGCUACUCAAGUUGCCCAGGACAUCAGUUUACUAGGCACAUCCGUACAGUCCAUCGCCACCCGGAAUAUUCUCCAGUCCCUACUCCAGGAUUACAACAGUGGCAACGACACUCAGGAACUGUACGAUGCCAUGCAGAACAACCUUGUGGAUGCGCUGUCUGGCGGGACCGAUGAUGCAGUUCUUCUUCAAGCUGCUGUAUUUCCUCGCCGGCCCCGGUCCGAUGGAGGUGAUGGUGCACUGACUGGCGCAACUGGGAGGGGAGCUGCCAGCAAGGUCGUGCUCCCUUUUUCUUAUCAGAAUCGAUCUGCGGUCCUCUUAGGCGAAGGUAGCGCUGGGUACCCGCCCCAGCUCUACCCUAACCUCACUUAUGGCGAUGAGCCAUCCGAUAACAACUUUGUCUUCUACGAGGGCAAGAUGCUGGACAACAACUCGACGCUGUUUCUCGGUCCGCUCGCCCUUCAGAGCAGCACCUCGCUCAUCUCAUUCACAGUGCCCAUCAACAACAACACCAGUCGUAUCGAUGUACUUGGGUGGCUCACUGUUGUGGUUGACGGAAAAGCGCUUUAUAACAUUGUCGAGUCUCCGGUUGGACUAGGUAAGACGGGAGAGGUUGUAAUUAUUGGCCCUGAUCGCCCCGACAACCUCUAUGCCGAGAACAUCACUGGUCGCUCAGAACCUGCGAAUUCCAAUAUUCCCACACGGUUUGUCCUACCACCUCACGGUGAUCGCCACCCUUUACGUGCCAAGGAUCCUUACCUUCCUUUCCCUAUGAAAGCCUACCCAGCUGUGCUGCGGGCUUGGUGCGUCAAAACUGGGGAGCUCAAUAAUGCGGGAGCGCUGAUGUCUACGCACAAUGAGGAAAACCAGAAGAUAUCCGCCGGCUUUGCCAAGGUCUCUUCUGACAUUGUUAAUUGGGUGGUUGUCUUUGGACAGGCACACAGUGAAGUAGUCGCUCCCAUCAAUCACCUACGGAAUACAGUGCUAGCCUGUAUUUUCAGCGUGGUCGGUGCAGUCAUCCUUGUUACCUUUCCGCUUGCCCAUUUUGCUGUCAGGCCUAUCAUUGCUCUCAGAACUGCGGCCGAGAAUUCCGUGACUACGUAUGAAGCUUACGAUCCCUCCGAAAAAUCGUCCGACACGGAUAGCGACAAUGCUUUGAUGAAACCCGACCUCAUGCAGGAAAAGGGGAUGAAUCACAGUCUUUGCAAAAGGUCCGCGAAAAAGAAGACCUUCGUUCGACCAGUGCGAGUGUUUAAGAUCCCUGAGCGCGUGCCCGAACACAACCAUGUCGUCCAUGACGAGUUGACGGACUUGACCCGAACUUUCAACGAAAUGGCCGACGAGUUGACGAUCCAGUACGGACGACUUGAGCACCGAGUAAAGAAAAGAACUGCAGAACUGGAACAAAGCCGAAAUGCCGCUGAAGCUGCCAACGAAAGCAAGACCUUGUUCAUCGCAAACGUUUCUCAUGAACUCCGCACACCAUUGAACGGUAUUAUUGGCAUGUGUGCAAUCGCCAUGCAAGAGGAAGACGUCAGCAGCAUCCGACAGUCCCUGAAGAUCAUCUACAAGUCUUCAGAUCUGCUGUUACACCUCCUCAACGACCUACUGACUUUCAGCCGCAGUUCCUUUGGACAAAACUUUGCCAUUGAAGAAGACACGUUUCGACUUUCGGAUGUUGGCUCACAACUUGUAUCCAUUUUCGAGAAGCAAGCGCGUGAAGCUGAUAUCAGUUUGAGAGUCGUCUUCAUCGGCACAGAAUCAACCGCAACCGGAGAUACUGAUCAAGACAACCUCGAGGAUACGAGUAUUCUGGCCAAAGCACCUGCCGAUCUUGGGCCGUUGAGGGAAUUAGGAUUAAGAGGGGACAAAAAUCGGAUACUGCAAAUUCUGAUGAAUCUCGUAAGCAACGCGCUGAAGUUCACGGCCGUCAAAGGGGUCGUCGAAGUGCGAAUACGAUGCAGAGGAUUUGUGGAACCCGAAGCCAUGCCUCAAGUGGCAUAUACAAACACCACAGUUGGCCAAGCAACGCCUUCAAAGGCACUGCAGCGACGAGAUACUGAAUAUGUCCCGCCAAAGUCAUCGAUGAAGGGUUUAUUGUUCGAUUUUGAGGUCGAGGAUACGGGUUCGGGUAUACCGGAGCAUUUACAACAAGACAUCUUCAAACCCUUUGUCCAAGGCGACUUGGCUUUGAGCAAGAAGCAUGGCGGUGUCGGCCUUGGGCUAGCUAUAUGUUCGCAGCUCGCAGGCAUGAUGGGCGGCACUAUCACCCUCAAGAGCACUGUCGACAUUGGAAGCACGUUCACCCUUUCUCUACCACUGCGUUACACCAAAGAGGCCGUGCCCUCCGUGUCCGACUCCCUCGCGCGACCCAAACCAGGAAGUAUAUCCAGCAGCAUACAAUUUGAAAGCUUCAGUACGAAAUCUCGCAGGUCAAGAGAACCACGACAACCUAUCCGAUCAAGACAGACUUCGCUCUAUUCAACACAGGACAAAGACUCCCAGCUGGACGUGCCCCGUCUUGUGGGUUUCUCUCAGCCGUAUCUGAUAGAUGGCAACGUGAGCUCAGAAAGAGUGGAUACGGUUGCUCAACCGACAUUACAAGAGAAAAGGCAGAACGUCCCCCCUCCAAACAACCGGCUCGCAUCAAUCAUGUCUGUCAAGACACCGGAUGAGGCAAAUGACCCGGCACCGAUGAAACUAGGAGACCAAGUGAAGACUGCAGACAGUAUCGAGAAAAAGGCACCACCUCCACCUUCAGGGACUGCUGCCGAAAUCUCUACUCUCAAAGUCCUUGUCGCCGAAGAUAAUCCGGUCAAUCAACAAGUUAUCCUCAAAUUACUUAAGCUGGAAAAGGUGGACGACGUAACACUGGCGGAGGACGGGGAGGAAGCUUUCAACGUGGUGCAAAAGUCAUACUCUGAAAUGGGCAGCGAGAAUGAAAAGCCACGGCCUUUCUCACUAGUUCUCAUGGAUAUCCAAAUGCCGCGCAUGGACGGCAUCGAAUCCACAAAGAAGAUACGGGAACUAGGAUUUGACGCUCCGAUCCUCGCACUGACAGCAUUUGACCAUGAAAUCAAUCGGACAGCUUGUCGCGAAGCGGGCAUGAAUGGCUUCCUUCCCAAGCCGAUCAAACGGACCGCUUUGAGGAAGAUACUUGAACAGUACAGGACUCCGAAAGAAGGAAGCACGGAUAUCCAACAAAAUGACCAGCGAAAAGACGGCGAAUGA